AUGGUUGGACACUCUGACGGCGCCAGUCAAAUACCCUCACAGGACUUGGAUCAAGUCUGGGAAUGGAAUCAAAGUGUACCCGAGGAAAUCUGUCGUUGCGUUCACGACAUAUUUCAGGAGCGUGCACUGCUGCAACCCUCAGCACCAGCUAUAUGCGCCUGGGAUGGUGAAUUGACCUACGGCGAACUUGACCGUCUUGCUGAUGGCCUGGCAAGUCACCUGAUUGCACUUGGUGUAUCUCACGGUGCAAUCAUUCCGCUGUUUUUUGAAAAGUCAAUGUGGACAACUGUGUCCAUCUUGGCAGUACUCAAGGCCGGUGCGGCUUUUGUUGUUCUUGAUCCUUCGAUCCCAGAGCAGCGUUUGAGGACUAUCCUCAGCCAAACCCAAGCUCAGCUGGUUGUUACCUCGAUGGCGAACGAGGCCUUGAGCCAGCAAUUUGCACCGCAAGUUGUUGCUCUCGGCCCUCAUGUGAUUCAGGAACUGAAGGAAAAGGAAUAUCGAAAGCCGGAUGAACUUCCAACCCCGUCAUCCACCAUGUAUCUGGUGUUUACCUCUGGGUCUACCGGAACCCCGAAGGGUACGAUCCUGACACAUAAGAAUCUCGCAUCGGCUCUUCAUCACCAGCAGAGUAGCCUCAAGAUUACUGCCGAGACAAGGAUGUACGACUUUUGCUCAUACAGUUUUGAUGUGUUUGUAUGCAAUACAUUUGCUACACUAUCAGUCGGUGGGUGCCUUUGCGUUCCAAAUGAGCUGGAUCGGCAGAACAGGCUGGCGGCGAGCAUUGCCUCACUCAAAGCCAACACCAUUGAUCUCACACCAUCCGUAUCUCGGAUUCUGAGCCCGGAGCAGGUUCCUGGUCUUGAGCAGAUCAUAUUUGGUGGUGAGGUACUGCGCAUCGAGGAUGUGAUUCCUUGGUGGGAGAAGGUACGGAUCGUGAGCUUGUAUGGGCCUUGCGAAUGCACCCCAAACAGUACGAUCAAUUCCACCCCAGCAAGCCCCGCGGAAGCUACCUCAAUGGGCAGAGGGAUUGGGCUGAAUACAUGGAUCGCACAGGCCGACGAUCAUGAUGUUCUGGUCUCGCUGGGGAGUGUUGGUGAACUUCUACUUGAAGGCCCUCUCCUAGGCUCGGGCUAUCUGAAUGAUGCCGCAAAGACCGCGAUGGCCUUCAUUGAAAACCCUAAAUGGUUAUCGCAGGGUUCUUCCAAGUACCCGGGCCGCAGUGGACGUCUUUACAAAACUGGUGAUCUAGUGAAAUACACUGCAGAUGGUAGUUUGCUCUUCAUCAGCCGCAAAGACGAACAGGUCAAGAUCAGAGGUCAGCGCGUUGAGCUCGGCGAGAUCGAGCACGCCAUCCGCAGCCAUCAGCACGUCAAAGAUGCCAUUGCCAUCUUGGCACACGAAGAGAAUCAAGAUCCUUGGAUUGCCGGAUUCUUUACACUCCAGGACGACAGCCAGACUGUGUCGCAGCGGCGAGAAGCAAAUGGCAAUGACAGAAACAUGCAACACACAGACGGAUGGGAACAGCGCUUCAACGACGACUACCUGAGUCUCGUGUCAAUGAAACCCGAGUCCAUCGGACGUGACUUUCAGGGCUGGACUUCCAUGUAUGACGGGAGCGAUAUUGAUAAAGGAGAGAUGAAUGAGUGGUUGGACGAUACCAUCGCAUCAAUUCGCAAUGGAAAGCCAUCUUGCCACGUUCUCGAGAUUGGAACAGGCUCUGGAAUGAUCCUGUUCAAUCUCCUCGACGGGCUUGAGAGCUAUACUGGCCUUGAACCUUCAGGACGGGCAGUAGAUUUUGUCUCCAAUACCGCCAAGUCAGUGCCAGCAGCAGCAGGCAAAGUCACCAUGAUCAAGUGUACGGCAGCCGAGCUCAGGCGGUUUAGUCGUACCCUGUCUCCAAGCCUCGUGAUCUUGAACUCGGUCAUACAGUACUUUCCUGACCAAGCCUACUUGCUCAACGCGAUACAAGAGCUGGUGCAGCUGAAGGGAGUAAAGACGAUUUUCUUUGGUGAUGUUCGCUCAUUGGCCCUUCACGACGAGUUUUUGGCGGCGAGGGCAUGCCACGUCACAGGUGGAAAAGCUCCCAAGCACGAGUUUCGUCGCGUAAUGGACGACAUGAGACAAGCUGAAGCAGAGCUACUGGUCGAUCCAGGGUUUUUUACUCAGCUACUGGGUACUGUGGACAAGAUCGAACAUGUCGAGAUUCUGCCAAAGCGGAUGCGUGCCUCCAAUGAACUGAGCACCUAUCGGUACGAAGCCGUCAUCCACGUCAAGGCUGAAGGCCAGCCCAGUCGGGUAAUUCACGAUGUUGACGGGAUUCAGUGGAUCGACUUCCAGGCUGAGAAUCUUAGCAGGGAAUCAUUGCUUAGCCUCGUGCAUCGUGGAAUCGCCACUUCAUCAUGCAUUGGAGUGAGCAAUAUUCGCCACAGUAAAUCAAGUUUCGCGAGCCAUAUUGUUUCGUGCCUUGUCGACCAAGGGGGAGAAGCUAGUGAUGAUGAUGCAGACUGGCUUACUAUGUCUCGGAAGUCUUCCGAAAAGCAAGCUUCUAUGUCGGCUGUUGAUCUAGUCGAUUUAGCUGAGCAAGCAGGCUGUCGUGUGGACCUCAGCUGGGCUCGCCAAUUUUCUCAGCGCGGCGGCAUUGACGCCAUCUUCCACAAGCAUCAGCCAGCCAAGGGAGAGAACCGGGUCAUGUUUAGGUUCCCCACUGAUCACCAGAAUCGAGAGAUUGCCGCUCUCUGCAGCCAACCACUGCUGCGCCAGGUGAGACAGGAGAUCCAAAAAGAACUGGACCUGAUCUUGCGGGCCCGGCUCCCAGCCUACAUGGUCCCAAGGACGAUCACGGUUCUAGACAAGAUUCCCCUAAACGACAAUGGUAAGGUCGAUCGCCGAGCGCUCCGGGCGAUCAUGGCAAGCCAGGCAGCAGGGCGGGAGCUAGCUACGCAGCCUGUCUCACAAGCCGAGGGCCAGAUACGCGACAUUUGGGGAGAGGUCCUAGGUAUUGAACCAGCCACAAUUGCGCCGAGCGACAGCUUUUUCAAGAUCGGCGGCAACUCCAUCACUGCCAUGAAAUUGGUUGGGCUGGCUCGCAAGGCGGGAGUUGAGCUGAGUGUGCGACACCUGCUUCAGCAUCCCAGGCUACAAGAUCUCGUUCGGGCGGUGGCGUAG